AUGGCUAUGUCAAAAUCCUCUUAUACUUACAACCGUAAGACAUGGGAAGAUGCGGAAUUUCCUAUCCUAUGUCAAACUUGUUUGGGGCCGAAUCCUUAUAUCCGAAUGAUGAAGGAUAAGCAUGGAGCUGAGUGCAAAAUAUGUCAGAGGCCGUUUACGAAUUUUCGUUGGAUGCCAGGCAAAGAUAUGAGGUACAAAAAAACCGAGGUGUGUCAAACGUGUGCUAAAUUGAAGAAUGUUUGCCAAACAUGCUUACCUGUUCAAGUACGUGACCAUGCCUUACAAAUACAGGAUGACAUGCCCAAGCAAGGGGCAAAUCGAGAUUUUUAUAUACAAAAUCAAGAAAGAGAACUAGCCCUUACUGAUGGGACGACUCCAGGAGGAGCUUUGGCAAAAAUCACUGAUGCUGGCUCCAAUGACUUUUUACGAAAGCUUGCGAGAAACACUCCGUAUUAUCAGAGAAACAAACCACAUAUCUGCUCAUUUUUCGUCAAAGGGGAGUGCAAACGUGGCGAAGAAUGCCCGUACAGGCAUGAGAAACCGUCAGAUCCGGAUGACCCACUUAGUCACCAAAACAUGCGAGAUCGAUAUUAUGGGAAUAAUGACCCUGUCGCAGAUAAGCUUCUUAAUAGGGCGAAAGCUAUGCCUGUGCUACAGCCGCCUGAGGACACCUCAAUAACAACUUUAUAUGUUGGUGACCUGGGUCCAGCUGGUGCUAUAACUGAAGGCGAUCUUAGGGAUUACUUUUAUCAGUUCGGUGAAAUUAGAAGUCUAAACGUACUAACCGCUAAGGCAUGUGCUUUUAUUGCUUUUACAACGAGACAGGCGGCUGAGAAAGCCGCAGAACGUUCUUUUAAUAAACUGGUCAUGCAGGGGAGGAAAUUAAAGAUCCGUUGGGGUAGACCACAGGCUCGUAGCACUGAGGAAGAAAAGAAACUUCUGGAACCUGUCGCAAAUAUACCUAAUCCUUGCCCAGUACCUACAUUCUUUGAUGACGAAAGUGAUGGCCCAUCUUCCAGCAAGCGCCAGAAGUUUGAUAGUAUUCCAAUGCCGCCAAUGCCUCCCGUUGGAACCUUUGCACCUCCUUCUCAGAUGAUUGUUCCCCAGGUGCCUUACUCUGUAAAUCCAGCACCAGCAACUUACACGGGAGAUGUCACACCAAAAGUUUAUUAUCCCUCCCAGGAUCCCCAACGGCUUGGGUCCAAGGGUGAUCCUGCCGAAUGA